CGGCGCCAUGGUGAACCCGCCCAGCGCGGCGCCCGCCGACGGCUUCGCCUCCUCAGACGACGAGGCCGCCGAGGAGGACCCGAGCCCGCUCCACAUCUCCUGGGUUGUGGGUGGAUGGUGAUGUCCCUGAAAACGGAUUAAAGCGGUGCCGGGGAACUGUCAGUGGAAGUGGCUGGGGUUGGAAGGGGCCUCUGGAACCCACCCAGUCCGAUCCCCCUGGUCAGGCAGGUUCAUUCAGAGCAGGAUGCGCAGGAUCACAUCCAGGUUGUCUUUGUCUCCUCUCUACUCUUUCAAGUUCCUGGGAUUAUGCUCCCUUCCAGGCUGCAGGUUUAAGGAUGUCAGGAGGAAUCUUCAGAAGGAUGUAGGAGAACUGAAGAACUGUGGGAUCCAGGACAUAUUUGUGCUUUGUACCAGAGGAGAGCUCUUAAAAUACCGAGUGCCAAACCUGAUAGACACCUACCAACAGCACGGGAUGUGUGUGCACCACCAUCCCAUUCCUGAUGGGAACGCUCCUGACAUUGCCACGUGCUGCAAAAUCCUCGAAGAGCUCAGAAGCUGCCUGGAAAAUAACCGGAAAACAGUGAUACACUGUUAUGGUGGCCUUGGGCGCUCCUGUCUCGUGGCUGCCUGUCUCCUGCUCCAGCUCUCGGACACUCUGGCACCUCAGCAGGUGAUAGAGAGCCUCAGGAACCUGAGGGGAUCCGGGGCCAUACAGACCAUCAAGCAGUACAAUUUCCUCCACGAUUUCCGGGAGAACCUGGCUGCACACCUGGAAACGACGGACACGGUGCCGAGAUCGGCAUCGCGGUAGCUGGCACUGCCCUGGGCAUCUCUGUGGAACACACAUGGAUGAGACACCUCUCCCCUGACCACGACUUCCUCACUGCUCCUGCCUGGGGGACACAGCUGCUCCCUCCCAAAUCCGGCUGUGAAACUUUGGGGUGGGGAUGGAGAUCCUGCAGGAUGUGCAGCAUCCCCCUCUCCUCGGUGACUUUAAUACUCACUGCCUUAAAAAUAC